GAAAUCAGCAGUGAAUGCUUAGCUGUGACGGAGUGAGGAAGUGCGUGCUCGUCUCGUGUGCCACAAAGGGUGUAGGCAGUUUAAACCGACGCUUCUGCCACCUAAAAUUCCUCUUCGUAGUUAAGACAGUGAAGAUGUCGCACAAAUCACCGCUUGAUCUCCCUGGAAACUGACGUAGUGCGUCUGGUCGACGAACAACACCUUUUUCGCUCCAAUGAAAGCCUUAGCAUGAAAUAGCUCCGCUGUUCAACUGACAUGGACAGACCCUAACAGACCCUAACACGAGGCUGUUUAUGAUGUAUUCUCACCUUCAACCUCAGUGACAUCCAGCACUUGAGUUUUCUGCACGAGAAGAUGUGGGAGGAACAACUGCAGGCGGUCGGGGGGGAGGCUGCCUACCAGUGGGUUACAUGGGGAUCUCCCGGCAACUCGAGCGUCAGGAGCAAGUGUGACGCGCCCCUACAGUACGACUACCAUAUCGCCGUCGCCGUCAGCUGUGGCAUGAUGCUGCUUUUUGGCAUCGUCUACAGUCUUUUUGGUUAUCGCUGCUUCAAAGCAGUCAUGUUCCUGACGGGGUUCUUGUUUGGGUCUGUGGUGGUCUACUUGAUAUGUCUGAGCGAGUCUCUGCUGCCGGUGCUUGGUAACGCGGGUGUGUCGCUAGCAGCUGGCCUCAUGUUCGGGCUCAUCACGAUGCUGGUGCAGUACGUGGGCCUCUUCAUGACCGGCUUCCACACAGGGCUCUUCCUCGGGGUCGCUGUCAUCGCAGCCGCUUACCCCUGGUGGGUUCCCAGCAGCGUUUGGGUGGUGGUAGGGCUGUUGCUGGGGUCGGGGCUGCUGCUGGCGGUGCUGACGCUGUAUUUCCAGAAGGGCCUCACCAUCCUGGGCACCGCCGUCAGCGGCGGGGCGCUUCUUGCCGCCACACUCGACUACUUCGUCGAGAAGUUCGUGAUGGUGACGUGGCUGGUGGAGCGUCUCAUAGCGAGCCGUGAGAGCGAGGGCGUCUGUUGGUUCUCUUGGCUCAUUUUGGGCGUCUGGCCGCUGAUGGUCGUCGUAGGGGCGCUCACGCAGACCUGCAUCACGGGCACUGGCAUCUACCACGCACAAUUGGUACCGAGCAAGAAUCCCCGCAACGUAAACACGCAGCGCGUCCGAAGUCGUGAAGCUCGUGCCGAAAUCCGACAGAAGAAAUACAGAUACUUGUACCAAGUGCGCACCGCUCAUGGAGACAUCAUAAGUCAGGAGUACAUACAGUCGCUGCAGCGGAAGGCUUAUCCCGCGGCGUGUGACAACGGCACCUUGCAAAGCGACUCAACUCACACAACCAUGCUGCCUCCCGACCACGCUCCUCUGGCUCCGCUUACUGAGAGUGAAGACGAGGGUGGCACGUCCUGCUCUAGAGAUGGCACUGACUAUCAGCAACAACGUAAAGGGCCUUCAGGCCAAACAAACAUCAGCAUUCACCCACAUCCUCAGCAGUAUCAUCUUCAAAAGCAGCGAUAUCAGCAGCAAUUUCAGCAACACUUCAAGCCGUGUGAACAGUAUUCUCAGAGGGCCAGUCAAUUGGAAUAUCCUGGUCCCUCCCGAGUGAGUGGCCCAGUCCACUAUGGUCUUCAUGACCAUAGACGUGACCCAGCAGCUCCAGCAUUCGAGUCCGCAUCUCCUGAGGGCUCGCACUCUUCACAGUCUCCCGACGAGCACUACAGUGAGCUGCAGUAUACUCCAUCCCCUCAUUCCUCAUCCCCCGGCAACUGCAGGCACGUUUCCCACAGUCGAUGUCAAAGCACCCCACCUCCUUCACCCCUGUCAGCUUCACCACCCUCUCCUCCAAGACCUCAUUGUGUUCCCCGCUAGAAAGCGGCCGGAGAUCAAUAAUGAGAUGUUCAAGAGUUGCUCCUUCAAUAGAAAUUUCACAUUGUUUCAGUAUUGUUGUGGUAUUCUGGAAUCAGCCGGAUACAAGGUUAUUUUCUUUUAUUAAAUUAACGUGUGUAGGGCGUUUUUUCGUGCUCAAUUAGAGCUCUAUUGGGGAGAAAUUAAUGAAAUGCAUUAAUAUGUAUUCGAAUUUUCUAAAAUCAUGAGUCAUCUAGAAGUGACUAUGAAUGUUGCUGUAUUCCUGAUGUGAAGUGUUUUAAACUUGGAGUGCUAAUAAAAGGAAUACAUCGGUAGAUGAGAUACUUUAAUUUUUUUUGACAGGACCUAAACCGUACGUUAAAAAAACAUUUUUUUUCAGUUGCACUACUGCUAUUAUUCGUUUUGUUCUUAAAAACUUGCAGAAAAGUUUUUUCUUUGUUAUUUUGAUUUUUUUACGAUUUAACAGAUAAUCAAAGAUGAUAAACUAGUAGGACAAAACGCUUACAUGAAUGCGAAUCACGAUUGAGUGCAGCUCGUAUCGUCACAUUGCCUUUGAUGCAAUUCUUUAAAAAGAUCCAUAAUUAGAUGAUGCUCGAGCUGAAAUUCAUGAUAAAUCAAGUGUAAUGUUUUGCAUCGAGUACUCAAUGUUUUAAGUCUAAUAUUUUUACAACUAAGGCAAUUAUCCUGUACCGUACUCUGUGUGUUUGAAAUUCAUCUACAAUACCUGUAUCGGUCAAUGGUGGGUAAAUGAUUGUGAUGCUUUUGUGAAGCGGAGAUACAUUAUCGCCACUCAUUUAUAAUUUGAAGCGCAGACAUGCAGCGCGCAUUACCAGAAAUUAUAUGCUAUUUUUAUUUACACUGGAGAAAUGUGAUUCAAAAUCGAUUUAUGUAUUUAUAUCGACUUGAAGACUGAUCGACUGUUAGAUCUUUCGGCCACCUAUAUUAAUUGUUAAAUUUUGCUUAGGCCCCUUAACUUGAGCUCCGCGCAUUGUUUUCCAGGCUAUAUUGCAUUGUGAUAAACUCAAACUUUGGGUUACGAGGCUUCUUGCGACUUUUUGUUGUGUUAAUGAGUUCUUUGCGAUGAAAAGCUGCUCAACUGUUGCACAUAAUUUUCAAGGAUAUGUACGCUCCUUGCCGCCGUCGUAAGAAUAGAUCCGUAAAUUCGUUUUCCUUUCACCUAGUGACCCAUCAUUUGAAUCUUCAUGUUGUGUCGUUUUAAACUGACAUAAUGUUGGAAAUGUGCUGUCGCUGAAUGUGUGGUGGUAUUUACGUGACACGCGUCUCUGUGUAGCUCUGGAUUAUAUUUUUUGGAUGUACAUCUCGUAGCUGCUCAAUCUUAUUUAAACUUUAGGCGAGAAUUAGCGAAAUCACGAUGCUGAUCUCAUUUUUUACAUUAUGUUUGUUGUAGAUAUGUGUUAUCUUUGUUUAAAUGUUUAUUGAGGUCAUCAAAUAUGUUUCUUGAAUUUUUUGCCAUACUAGCAGCAUUUUCUGUUGCCAGGUAGCUUCCACUUUUUAUUCUCAGAAUUUUGAAUUUUACCCAAAGCUACUCUAUGUAUAAUGGAAGUCAAACAAUUGCUAUCCACGUCCUUGAGAUUGUUUGGUUGGAACACACUGAUUUGUGCCUAAUAUUUCUUUCCUGGAGUCAUUUCUGACGAAGAUGAAGCUAGACGAUAUCGCGAUUGUGUUACAUUUAUUCGGUUCGCUGACAAUAAUUUGAAGCGGAGAUGAAAGUGACAAUAAGUUGUAAAUCUUGCAUAAUAGUUUUCGCGGUGCAUCCAACCUGAAAUAUCAGGUGAGAUCUCAGACUCGAUUGACAAGCUUAAGCCGUGCUACAAAAUAAACAGAUUUUUCAGAGAACUUUUAACUAUGCCAUUGUCGGUUCCAACUUCGUUGUUGUGCGAUGAUGAAAACAAUACGAAAAUUUGUUAUUUGUAAAUAAAUUCAAUCGGCAUGCGAGGACUGAACGAGUCAUUUUUGAUCGUGUUACUGACCGUAUUGCAUGCCUGGAUUUUCUAUACAGUCGAGUGAAUCCGUAUCAGGAUCCGGCGGACGACAAAUUUCAGAUUCCGUGAGCUGCCUACGUUAUUGCUAGAACAUGGAUUGUCGACAGGUAAGUUGAAUGUCGUUUUCAGCAACAUGAUUGGCAUUAGGAAUUACUGGUCAGGUGUUCGCUAAUGUAAAUUACUUUCAGUGGGUUUAAAUUAUUGCGAUGACCGAUGCAUAUUCAUUCAAAUCUACGGUGUCCCUAGAUCUAAAAGGAGUUUUAUGAUCAUUUGCAUUGAAUUUCGAGUUGAGAGGAGUCCAGCGUAUGCACGCAAGCUACGCAAGGCAUGCAUGUUGACGUAGGGUUUCUUACAAAUAAGAGUUCAUGAAGUCCUGUGAGAAUGUUAUUCCGUGUGUGUACAUAUUUAUAUAUAUAUUUAUCUAAUUAGGAAUGAUGUAGCUGCUUUCUAUCUCCAUGUCCAACCAAAAUCGUCCAUUUUGUAAUGUUCAUGAUACAAAUUUUAAAGUUUCUCUCGUCCGAAUAAUUUUGAUGACUCUAAAUUUCCCCGUUCUUGGAGCACUCUGCACACUUCUGUCAAAGACGAUUAUAAAAAUUUCUUGGUUCAUCUGCAAAACAUUUGAAAUCAAGUUUGGCUAGCAUUUCUGAAUUGUGGAUUUAUUCUUCGCAUUAUUGCAGCGGAUAGAGUGCGUCCGGGGUACUUAAUGAUUCAGCUUCGAAGCUGAUCACAUGUUCAUUUAUGGAUCGAACGCGUCACAUAAAUUGGAGAUUUAAAUUUUGAGGGAUAAACAACGUGCAGCUUUGAAGACACGUUGUAGCGAUGUCAUACAUCGUAGGCUUGAAAGGUCUUCAAUGUCAGAUAUUUUGAUGUGACCGGAAAGAAUCAAACUCUUGGGCCACACGUGAACUGUAAAUUUUGUGCUUUGGAAUUGUUCAGUUAUGAUCUUGAGUGCGACUUGUAAUGGCGAAACUGAUUGCUCGUUUGAGCGGCGCUGAGUGUUCGAGCUGCUCACAACCAAUGUGUUUCCACUUCCACUUAAAAAAGUAGAGUGCGG